AAGUUAGCUACAUGUCGUUGUUUGUUUGGCCCUGGACAGAAAUUAAAAUACGAAGACGAAGAGAUGCCAUUCAAUUUCAUCCUAACCUCAAACUUGACCUCUACUUUUUGAAAAACAAACAAAAAUAAACGUCACUUUAAUAUUUUCUCUGGAUCAAAUUAACACAUCAAUUAAACCAAUAAUUAAGAAAUCAUGGCUCAACCCCCAAGUCGCAGCAUUAUAAAAAUGAUACUCACCAACUUUAUCAAUUCCUUGAAACCCAGACAGUUUAGGGGUAAUUAUAUGGGAGUCGACACUUUCGGCAACAAAUAUUAUGAGAUACCAGUGAAUUCUUCAAGCGCGAGGACCAGGCCGAGUAGAUGGUUUGAGCCUCCUGUUAAAGAUGAUUUUGCAAGUGAGAUGUCCGCUGAAUGGGAAUCAUGGUUGAGAGGUAGAAGAAAACAGCCUCCAACUGACGAAGAAGUUGCAAAAAAUUACGCAUUAAUGCAAUUAAAAAAGAAAAACGCCAUUGAAGUUGACGCAAAAGGUAGUCUACCAGCUCCUGUAGAGAAAGGUUUCGAUAGUUUUCCAAAACGGCCCGAAUAUGAGAGAGUUCCUGGGGAUAAAAUGAAACAAUGAGCAAAAUAUUAUAAUUAUUAGUUUUUGUGUAAGUAUUUUUUGUAAAUAGUUUUGUUGUUGUAGAUCAAUAUUGUUAAAUUAAAAUGGAUUGUUUCGAAAAGGAAAUUAUAA